AUGUGGGGCGCGGGCCCCGGCCUGGCGGCAACGCUGAUCUGCCUGGUGGGUGCGCUGCUGCCGGGCAUCCCGCCCGACGUGCUGAACCUCGAUGCCGGCGUCAAGGCGAUGGCAUACGCCAUGGGCAUGGUCGCAGCCUGCAUCCUCAUCGCGCGCGUCGAUGCGAUGCGCCACGGGGCAGAGCCGCCAGCGCCGGGCCGCGACACGCCGGUGGUGCGCUGGUUGAACGCGGCGCUGCUCGGCGCCGUGCUGGUGCCGGCGACGGCUUUCGUCGUCGUCGGCUGGUGGACCUACGACCGCGCGGUGCAUGCGUCCCGUGAGACGGCCAUGCGGCGGGUCGACCUCGUCCACGAACACGCACGGCGCACCUUCGACCUGGCCGAGCGGCUGACCGGCGAGGCGGCGUCGUUGACCGCCGGCGAGGAUGCGCAGAUCCGUGCCCGGGAGAGCGACGUCCGCCAGCGGUUGAGCGACAUGCUGCUCGGCGUGCCGUCCGUCGUGAACCUCAAUGUGUGGGACGGGCGCGCGGUGCCGCUCGUGCGAAGCGACCGCGCCAUCGACCCCCAGGCGACCGUGGUCGACCGGGACUACUUCCGUCGCCAGGCCGACGCCGACCGCGGCUUCGACGUGAGCGAGGUGCUCAUGGGCCGCCAGACGGGCCGGGAGCUGUUCAACCUCACGCACCGCCGGCUGUCGGCGGACGGCGCCUUCAACGGCAUCGUCGCCGUGUCGCUGAACCCCGAGUACUUCCGCGACUACUACCGCGCAAUCGUGGCGCAGAACACCGACGUGGAGUCCAUCACCCUCGUCCGCAUGGACGGGAAGAUCCUGGCGCGGUGGCCCGCCUUCUCGAACGGCGCGGGCAGCCUGCCCGCCGACUCGCCGUCGCGGCAGGCCAUCGAGCGGGGAGAGACGACCGGCGUCGUUCUGGGCCGGCUGACUACCACCGGCGAGCGGCGCAUCGGCGCGUUCAGGCGCCUGGAGCGGCUGCCCGUCUACGUCGUGGUGGGCUUCAGCGAAGCUGCCAUGCUGGCGGGCUGGGUCCGCACGAUGGGCAUCGUCGGCGCGAUGGCGCUGCCGGUCACGCUGAUGCUGAUCGCGCUGAACGUCCGGCUAUAUCUGGGAGUGGGUCGCCCCGAAAAUCGGCAAUUUCUGCGUGCAGAUAUUGAUCCCGCGGCAGCGGCAGCCAUCUGCCAACAAUUCGUCCAGGGCGUAAGGGGCUAUUUCUCGCAUGACGAACUCGAAACGCUAGAGCUCUCCAACUUGGACGCUCGGGGCGACACCUUGUAUUUUUAUGACAUAGCUGAGAGGCCGGCGGAAUUCGCUUCAAUCGGAGACCUUCACAGAGGAGUGGAGCCCGAGAUGUUUACCUUCGCCAAUUACGGCAUUGGCGACGUGAAAGCCCUUGUCCUGAAGAUUUCUUCAGCGGCCAAUUCGGUUACCUUUUUCAAGCAGGUGUUUCCAGUUUCUGUAGUGAAGAGAGACCAAAUCCUCCUCACCUGGGGAACUGACCGUUUCAAGGUUCUAACAGAGGAUGUGCUGAAGAUUCUCCCGGGUUUCGAUUUGAUGGUCCUCGAUGAUGAUUUUUAUGUGGCCAAUCUUAAGAAGUUUGAGGCGGAGUUUUCGUUUGAGGCGGUUGUAAAGAAGGCGAUGACAGAGGUCGCUGAGCAGAUUGUUCAGCUAAAUAUUGUCGACGAUGCCAAAGGCUAUUUGGCAAAUCUCGAAAUAUCUAAGCGCCAUGUGCUUCGCGCUAAGGGUAGCACCGUCUUCGCCAUGCAAUCUCAGGAGAUUAUUGAUUUUGUGGUCGCUCACCCGAAUUAUGGCUUGAAAGUUGCUGACGGCAAGAUUCAAUUGACUUCAAGGAAUAGUGUCAAAUUUCUGUUCAAAUUAAUAAACGAAGAUAUUUUGAAGUCUGAGUUGACGCAGGUCAUCUACGAUUCUCUAGCAAAGAAUGUUUUUGACGGGGCCGAGGUUGAGGCGGCAGAGUUGCUGGUGGACCAGAAGGACGCCACGAUUCAAGGUCUGAAGGAAAACAUUUCCUAUUUGAAAGACCAACUGGCCGACAACAAGCAGCAGUCGCCCGAUAUGCUUGCAGAGAGGCUCGCUAAGCGCACAAAGCUACUUGAGGAAGAGCUUGCCAAAUUGGGCAGCGACAAGUCUGCAACAGACGCUCAGGUCAACGCGAAGGAAGCCGAACUUGCAGAAGCUCGCGCGGAAGCAGAGGCUCUCACUCGACAAGUCCUUCACGCCCGUGAGCUGCUCAAGGACUAUCAAUGUCCGCACUGCGGCUCGCCGCUUGUUGAGCGGGCCUAUCACUCAGAAAGUGUCGAGUAUCAAGGGCGCGAGAUUGAUGUCGAACAUGACUGGACUACGUUCGAGUGCGGCCUUGAAAUCGUUGAUGGCCUUGAACGCCAUCCCUGUAAGGUCCAUGCCGGCGGUCGCAAGGACAAGCAUUUCGAGCAACGCUAG